CACACUCAACAAAGCCCACAAACAUGCUGGCAUUCUCGCGUACACUCACUCUCUCAGCUCUGCCUCCGUCUGAUUGAGUACCAUUUCAUUCUUGGGCACUCAGCAACAGUCUCUGACCAUCUCACACACACACACACACAGUCACACUCCCUCUGGAAGGAAUCCUGCAGUUUGCGGCUGCAGCGCUUUGGAUAUGCCGGACCGUCUGCUCUGAGGUGGGAGGUGGGCUUGAGAGCUUGUGUUGUCCCCUCAAUCAGAUCACGAGGACGAGGAGUUUCCAUGUGGAUACAGAUCCAAAGACUCUAGCGACUGUCACAGACAGAGCUGGACACGCUGAAAACGUGAGGAGGAAAAGAACAGCCUCGUCCCCAAGAGGACUGACACCAGCAGUGGAAAGGAUAAGAAACGAACAGGCUCCAACAGACGUUCAGCCAUGCAUGGCGCCACCCUUAUAUUCGUCCUCAUUGGGGUGCUCCUGUACUUGAUGAUGGGGGCUUUGGUGUUCAAUGCCCUGGAGGCUCCAAAUGAGGAAUCCCAUCGUAACAAGCUGCAAGCCAUCCGUCAGGAGUUCAUGGACAACUACACAUGUGUAGACCCUAAACAUCUGUCAGAUCUGAUAGAAAAGGUGGCAGAGGCUAUCAGUGUUGGAGUUGACCCCAGCAGUAAUACCACAGUCAGCACCAGUUGGGACCUGGCCAGCGCUUUCUUCUUCUGUGGCACCAUUAUCACCACCAUCGGUUAUGGGAACAUCUCUCCAAAGACAGACUGGGGUCAGUUCUUCUGUAUCUGCUAUACACUGGUGGGUAUUCCCUUGUUUGGAUUUCUGCUGGCUGCCGUAGGAGACCAUCUGGGGACGUCACUGAGGAAUGCCAUUGCUAAAGUUGAAGCUCUUUUAUGGAAGUGGAAGGUGAGCCCAACUAUCGUGCGUGUCAUCACCGCUGUGCUGUCCAUCCUGCUGGGCUGCGUUCUCUUCAUCUUUUUGCCAAUUUUAGUCUUCCAAGAGGUUGAAAACUGGAGUCUGCUGGAAUCCGCCUACUUUGUGAUCAUCACCCUCACUACAGUGGGCUUUGGAGACUAUGUUGCAGGUGACAGUGGUGAUGCAGGUCAAAAUCAUUGGUACAAGCCUCUGGUGUGGUUCUGGGUUUUGUUUGGAUUGGCCUACUUUGUGUCCAUUCUUUCCAUGAUUGGGAACUGGAUCCUGGUUCUUACGAAAAAAACCCGAGCUGAGAUGGAGGGGUUGAGAGCGCAAGCCUCAGACUGGACUCAGAACAUCCAGAACAUGUCCAUGGACUUCCGCAUGUCCGGAAAAUUUGACGAUCCUUUCAGACGCACCAGGCGAAAGCGCCGUCACAGGCGCCACAGACACGACGGCAGUCAGGGCAAAACCGGAGAGGACGGAAAAGAGGAGAACGAAUCCGAAUCCGGCUCCUACACGGGUUCGUCAGAAGAGUCAGAAAGCAGCUCCGAGUCCGAAUCGGAGGUGACCCAGACAGAACGGGUCCCGGAGGGAGGGGGUGGCGACAAGGCCAAAGAUUUAGAGAAAGAGGAAAAACUCCACGCCAUGCCCAAAGAUCCCAUCCUCUCUCAGCCCUUGGAUUACUUUGGGGAAAAUCUCGCGUACAUCGAUGAGUCUUCAGAUGCGGUGAGUGGGAAGGUUCACCUGGACCCCCUGCUGGACGUACCAGAUUCCAACCCAACUUCUACAGACAGGCCCAAAAGGAGACGUCAAAGGAGACACUUGAGAAGAGAUCAACAGAAACCCAAGACCCCUAAAACCAGUCCAAACGAACCAGAGAUUAAAGCGCCAAAUGGAGACAUUAGGCAGAAAGAUCCACCCACGCCAAAGCUGUGAGCGCCAAGAUGAGAAAAUCCUCUUUGGAAUAAAGUUUUUCAACUUCGCUAGCUUUAGGAUAUGCUGUGCUCCACUGGAAAGGCACUUGGCGUUAUUCUCAGAUUUUACUGGGACGAAAUGAGAUAUCCAAGUGCCUAAAAUGAGAAGGGGCGAAAGAAGGUUCAGGUGUGGUCAAGUCUUGGACCGCUCUGCAUGAGUGAGAACUUUUAUUGAGUAAUCAGAUAGCAGCCCAGCCUAAUGUGCAGAAAGGCCAUGAUGAUCAGACACUUAGUGCCAUCUACUGGACGUUCGCUGCACAUGGUUUGUUUAUGGAUGCACUGACCGUCAAUGAAUGUUUUAUUCAGUGUGCCUUUCACUUCUUUCCUAACGUCAGAAUAAUAAAGGAAUGGCACCUUGAUACUAAUGUUACUAAUCCAACUCAACUGAUGCUUACCGCUCGGGUUUAUCAAACUGUAAUCUUUUUGUAUUACUGAUAAAUAACAUUAUGCUACGGAAGCCUGUUUCUGCUUUAAGUGAUAGAAGAGGCACUGGUAGCUGCAACUACGAUUUUACACCUUACAGUCAUUUUAUUUUUAGUAAUUGUUAGACUACUUUUCUCAUGAUUUCUCAUUCUUGCUAAUUUAUAUACACUGUUUGAACAGCAAGAUUUGUAAUGUUUUUUAAAGAAGUCUCUUUUGCUCACCAAGCCUGCAUUUAUUUAUUAAUUCAAAUAACUAUUUUCUAUUUGAAUAUAUUUUAAAAUGCAAUUUAUUCCUGUGUUCAAAGCUGAAUUUUCAGCAUCAUUACUCCAGUCUUCAGUGUUACAUGAUUCUUGAUGAUUAAUUAUUUUUUAUCAGUAUUUAAAACAGUUUAGUACUUUUUUUUCAGGAUUCUUUGAUGAAGAUCCAAAUGUUUUAUAUGAAAUAAAAAGCUUUUGUAACAUUAUGUACUAUAUCAUUCAAAAGCUUAAUUUAUAAUAUAAAUUAUAGGGAUGUAUUUAGAAAUUGUAGAAAUUAAUAUGCACACAGAUGCUUUAAACUGGUCAGAAGUAAUGGUAAAGACAUUUAUAAUGUUACAAAAGAUUUCUAUUUCAGACAAAUGCUGUUCUUCUGAACUUUCUAUUCAUCAAAGAAACCUGAAAAAAUUCACCUCAGCUGUUUUCAACAUAAUAAUAAUAAUAAUAAUACUAAUAAUAAUAAAUGUUUUUUAGCAGAAGAUCAGAAUAUUAGAAUGAUAUCUGAAGGAUCAUAUGACUGGAGUAACAAAAAAUUCAGCUUUGAAUUCACAGGAAUAAAUUGCAUUUUAAAACAGAAACAGAAAACAGUUAUUUUAUAUAGUAGUAAAAUAGUAAAAUUUAUUUUUGCUCUACUUGGUGAGCAGAAGAAACUUCUUUGAAAAAACAUUAUAACACUUUUGACUGGUAGUGUAAGCCUACAACAAACAACACUUUAUAUCUCACAAUAUGAAUAUUUCUCAUAAUUGUGACUUAAUCUUACAGUUGCCACUUUUUCUUGAAAUCGCAACAUUAUUUCGCAUAAUCACAGCUUUAUAUCAAUAGUCAUAUCCUAUAAUUCUGUCAAAAUCCCAGUUGCUACUUUGUUUCUCAUUAUUGCUGCAAAUUUAUUUCUCAAAAUAGUGACUUGUUCUCAUAAUUUGUUAUAAUUGCAGCUUUAUAUCUUAAAACUGACACUUUGUCUAACAAUGACUAUUUUAAAUUUUUUUUUUUUUAAAUCUUAGUUGCUACCUUAUGUCUUGUAAGAACCUUAUUUCUCAUGAUUGCGACUUUUUCUCAAUUUUUUUACUCUUCCAAAUGUAUAUAUUACAAAUGGCUGUAUCUCAUAAUUGUGAAUUUUAAUCUCACGUUUACUUUGUUAUUGCAGCUUUAUUUCGGUCCACUUCCAAAACAACAAUUUACAAAUUAUUUACUCACCCCUUGUCAUCCAAGAUGUUCAUGUCUUUCUGUCUUGAGUCGUAAAGAAAUUAUGGUUUUUGAGGAAAACAUUUCAGGAUUUUUCUUCAUAUAAUUGACUUCAAUUGUACCCCCCGAUUUUGAACUUCCGAGUUUAAAUGCAGCUUCAAAGGGUUCUAAACGAUCCCAGCCAAGGAAGAAGGGUCUUAUCUAGCGAAACGAUCUGUCAUUUUUUUCGAAAAAAAAAAUUGUAUAAUUUUUAAGCAUAAAAGCUGCAUUUAAACUACAUUUCGGAAGUAAAAUCGGGGGCACAAUUUAAGUCCAU